AAUUCGUUUUUAGAAGGCCUGUGUUGUACAACAUGCUGCGUCAAUGUAGGGAAUGACAGGUUUUCGUUAGUUAUGCAUUAUCGCUCAGAGUGGCAUAAAUACAACCUACGGCGGAACUUACGUGGGAAGCCAGUUAUUUCUGAAGAAGAUUUUGAGAAAUUAGUUUCGGAAGAGGAUGAAUCAAGUUCUUCGUCUUCUGAUUCUUCGCGCGAAGAAAUAGGUUUACGGUUCUUUGAGGGAGCCCGCGAGUAUUUUGUUCAUGACGGGAAUGUGUAUUCUCUGUAUAAGUCGAUUUUGUUCAGGGAAGAGAAAGUGUCUCGCUCUGUAUUUAGCCGGCCUUUAAACUGCGGAAUUUUUUUAUUAGAGGCUGGCCAUUUUGCCGGAGCAGUUUUCAACGGUGAUGUUGUUAUCGCUAGUAAAACAUUUCAUCGAUACACAGUAAGAGCAAAACAAGGUGGAGUGCAAAGUUCUGCUGAUGCCAAAAGCGGAUCAGUUAAGAAGAGUGCUGGAGCUAAUCUACGAAGGUAUAACGAGAAAGCAUUGAAAGAAGAUAUCAAAGAGUUUUUUUCCAAGUAUUCUGGGAUCAUACAAGAAUGCCCGUUAAUAUUUUUGCGUGCUCCGAUGUAUAAUAGGUCUCUGUUCAUAUCUGACUCGCUUAAAGAUUCUCCAUUUCUUAAGUCUGAUGAACGUUUGAGAACGAUCCCAUUUGCUACUCGUAGACCAUCGGCGGACGAGUUAAUGCGAGUAUGGCAUUCUUUAAGAGUAGUAACAGAUCAUGGCAAGAUUGAUGAUUUUCGCAGUGAACUAAGAGAAAAAGCAGAGGCGAAAAGGAAAAGAAACAAUGUUCAAAAGCUGCGCCAUUGUUUUAAAAAAGAGAGUCGUUUACGUGAUUUGUUGAGACCUGAGAAGCUCAGUUCCGAAGUUUCACCGAUAGAGCAGACUUGUAAGAAGGCUCUUCCUGAGGAAAGCGAACAUGUGUUUGCUAAAUCUGCUGAAUCAGAUCAGCUAACUCCAGAAGAGAAACAGAGGGCGUAUGUGGCUGUUCGGACUAAUUCUGUGGAAAAACUCAAUGAAUUGUUAAAUUCAGACAGACGCCCAAAAGUUCUCGACUACUUGAAAUUCGCUUACUUUCUGCCUGAGAGGUCUUCUUUGCUUCAUAUUGCUGCGAAACGUGGCGCGGAAAGUGUUUUACGGGAACUACUUCAUAUCGGUUGUGACCCCUGUGUAAAGGACGUUUCAGGAUUAGUUGCGUAUGAGGUUGCAAGUGAUUCUAAAGUGAGACGGGUAUUCAGCGAGCACCGUGCAGGAAAUCCCAAUCAGUGGAAUUGGACUGUCGCUUGUGUUCCGAAGUUGAAGGAUCCUACUAAGGAAAAAUUGCAGAGAGAGGCUGAAAAAAGAAAGAUUCAAAAAGAACGAAGAAAGAUGCGAUUGAGGGCUAAGAGGGAAGAAGAGAAAAUUGAAAAAGAGUUACAGGCAGAAAGAGAUGUUUUCCUUGCUCUUCCGGAUAAGGAAAAGUGUGCCUUAGCUUUUGAGAGACGUUUGCCAGUGUCACUGCAACACACAUCCGAAUUGGUUCGAGAGGAUGGAAAUCGCUGUUUUCAAGGAUUCGGUUUUGUAAUGAACUUGGAAGUGAAGUUAACCGUGGUUGAAUCAGGAAAAUAUGUUUCGAUGAAGGCCUCAUUAAGGGUUGUCGGUCAGAAAUAUUUUACUCGAUCGAUUAGUGAGAUGCAGGAGAAGUACUUGACGGAACCAUGUAUUUGUGUAGACGAACUUGACCGUCCAUUGAGAAAGAUGUCAAAACGUGAUUGCCACAUUUCUGAUACUAUGGUACUGCACCGGGCUUUCAGUGUUUUCCUUUUCACAACCAACGGAUCAUUACUAAUGCAAAAGAGGUCUAAAGAAAAAAUAACAUUUCCAUCUCUCUGGACAAAUACUUGUUGUAGCCAUCCUUUAUGGACAGAUUCCGAGAUGGGUGAAUCUGACAGUUUUACGGGCGUCUGUCGUGCUGCUCAAAGAAAGUUGAAACAUGAGUUGGGAAUCAAUGUCAGAUCUAUUGAUGAAAUGCAUGUGAUGGGUCGCUUUCUUUAUAAAGCCAUGAGCGACACCCAGUGGGGAGAAAAUGAGAUGGAUUAUGCUAUUGUUAUCCCAAAUUUCUAUGAUACGACUGUUAAAAUAAAUAAAGAUGAAGUGGAGCAAAUUGCGUUCGUACACAGGGACGAAUUUGACGCUUGGAUGGGUGGCAAGGAGUUUUCACCAUGGUUCUCAAUGUUCACGAAGCAUCAGUAUCUAUUUACCUGGUGGGACAACUUGAGUCGCCUUCAUGCCUUUCAAGAUCUCAAAACAAUACGUCGACUAAACUAG